ACCGCGCAGUUCCAGACCCGUUCACGUCCUAAUUCCAGCAUAGCGGCAGAUUUCUGAACAAGAAACCCCACAGCAACAACCGAAUGGAAACCAAGCGCAGCCAAUCAGAAAGCGACGCAGCGCGACACACCCUCUUUCAACCCAUUGUACAUGGACUUUGGUGGAUCCACGGCAAAGGACGAUCGCGGACGCAUAUAAACCGGGACGGGACUCCCUCUUGUCGUAAUAUUCAGGAAUUCCCAUCGUUGGCGAAGAAAUUUAAGCUGUGCAUCUGGUUUGCUUGCAUUUGCCUUGCCGUUGUUGUCCAAAUCCUCAGUUUUACUGCCGAAAUUUUGGCUCCAAGUAGUCGAGCAAUAACGUUGGCUUUCUCUAAGACAAGUGUAUUAUGGUCGUAAAACAAAACGAUUCGGCUGUCGCGCUCAACUGGCGAUUGUUUACUCCCGGCUGUUUUCGCCAGGCCCUUCACCGUCUCUUUGACGAUUUUCGGGAAAAACAAGAAGAAAUCCAUUCCACGAAUACCAACUAGUCUGUAUUUGACUCGUUUUUAAAUUAAAUCUAAAUCCUUAUUUGGAGAAAAACAGAUUAAAAACAAAAAAACAUUAUAAUACAAUGGCUCCGAUCACGGCUUCAGCCCCCAAAAUGACGGGCGGAUCGAUCGAAUUGCGGGAACCGUCACUUCCCGUGAAACUUCUUACAGCUGGUACAGCCGCCUGCGUCGCGGAUCUCAUUACAUUUCCACUCGACACGGCAAAAGUUCGGUUGCAGAUUCAAGGAGAGGCUGGUGCGGCACCCGUACGUUACUACAUUACCACAGCGGCCUCAACUUUGGGUGCUGGAGGACAUGGCGCUGCGGCUGUGAUGGUUGAACAUUCAGCGGCUUCAUCUCAAUACAAAGGCAUGAUUGGGACAGUUUCAACCAUUGCUCGCCAAGAAGGGCCAAAGGCUCUAUACAAUGGACUGGUUGCCGGACUUCAACGUCAAAUGUGUUUCGCGUCCAUCCGAAUUGGGCUGUACGACUCAAUCAAAUUGCUGUACCAACAAACCCUUAACGGAAGACGAAACUCAGCCAACAAAAACACGAACGCUAGCAUAUCUGUGCGAAUAUGCGCAGGAAUUACCACAGGAGGUUUGGCUGUGCUCUUUGCUCAACCGACCGAUGUUGUUAAAGUACGAAUGCAAGCAGAGGCUCGUUCGGCCACUGGAAUUAAACGUUAUUCGAGCACCAUGAACGCUUAUUCCACUAUUGCUCGCAAAGAAGGAGUUGCUGGCUUAUGGAAAGGAACAUUGCCCAAUGUUAGCCGUAAUGCGAUCGUCAAUGUAGCCGAGAUUGUCUGUUACGACCUCUUCAAAGAGUACAUCCUAAAUUCCGGUUUGCUGAAGGAUGGCGUUCCAUGUCAUUUUACCGCCGCCGUUGCUGCAGGUUUCUGUACGACGGUGGUCGCAUCACCGGUCGAUGUCGUCAAAACACGUUUCAUGAACGCCCCGGUAGGCCAAUACCGAGGUGCUAUCGAUUGUGCCGUCCGCAUGAUGAUGAAAGAGGGCCCUGGUGCCUUCUAUAAAGGCUUUAUGCCUUCAUUCUCUCGUCUGGUGUCCUGGAACAUUUGUAUGUGGAUCACAUACGAACAAUUCAAAAGAAUGGUCUUGGUGGCUUACAACCAACCGACAAUGCUCAAUAGACAUUGAUGUCAAAGGAAUUAUGCACAAAUCAGAUAACUUUUGUGAAAAGUUCUUUUUUUGGGUUUUCUAUUACUACAGUUAAACGACGCGAAAAUUUAUUUGUCGUAUUCAUUUAAUCAGGUAAUCGGGUCCGCUUUUACAUUUGUUUGAUGGCUUGCAGUAAUAUUCUUUACUUAUGUUAUAUAUCGUGCGCAUCGAAUACACUAUUGUUUUUUUAAAAUACA